AUGGUGGACCUGUUCCUAGACCGAGUUCUCGUACAAAACAACUGGGACCAGGAUCAACUCAACACGGAGCGAGAGAUUACAGGGAUCCUUGAAAACCGAAUCCUCUUGCUGUUCUUUGCAUCUGCUGACUGUGAAAAGUGCCAGGACUUCUUGCCUGUUCUCAAUGACUUUUUCAAGAGGCUGAAAGACCCGGCGUACAUCGAGUACCCCAAACUGCUAGCACUCAUCUACAUCAGCCUGGACCAAUCAGAGGAGCAGCAGGACCGAGUUCUCAAAGAGCUACACAAGAGGAUUCUGUUUGUGGCCUUUGAGGACCCUUACAGACAAGAACUGCAGGCCAUGUUUAAAGUGACAGAAGUUCCGACAGUCAUCGUCCUUCGUCCUGAUGGCUCCAUCCUCUCUCCAAACGCUGUGCAGGACAUCUGUCGGUACGGCUCAGACUGUUUCAAGGACUGGCAGGAAUCAGCAGAGCUCAUUGAGAGAAGCUUCAUGUUCAACGAGGAGUUUGAAAACAUGAACAUGCGCACUGCCACAGAUCCUGUGAGGAGACUCAAGUACAAGACAGAGGAUGACAAGAGGAAGAAGAGGUGGUGGAAGGUGUGGGGGACGGGGAAAGCUGGAUAUGAAGAGGAGGAAGAGACAGAUGAAAACUGGGAUUCAAAAAGGAAAGAUGGAGAACGUGGGAUAUGGUGGAGAAGAUGA